AUGACGACGGAGACGGUGAAUGGUCACUGGAGCAAACAAGUGAAAGUGUACAGCUACGUGCUGCCUGCCGGUGCCGAGGAGAUACGUGACGACAUUAGUCACUCGUUUGCGUGCGGCAACCGUAGCGACGGGUUCUACGUCGACAUCGACAACGACUGCCAGAUCUUCCACCGAUGCCAAGAUAAGGCACGGUUCAGCUUUAUCUGUGCCGAGCGCACGGUCUUCAGCCAGAUGUACCAAACGUGCGUUCAUGAUGGUCAGCUGGGCUAUCCAUGUGAAGACUCCGUCCAGUACUAUCCAGAUGGUGAAGGAUACGAACCGUCCGCGAUGGAAGCCGGUCCAGAGUCAUCCGCUGCCGAGGAAUCACCUCAACCAGCAGAACAACCUUCUGCUCCUGCCGAGGAACUGGAAGCACCACAAGCAGCACCAUCGAAGGCAGCAGAAAUCGCCGUUCCCAAAGAUGAAGACAAUCAGAAUGCCGCCAAUGAGAUGCCCCAGGAUAAUGAAUCGCAGGCAGUUGCUAGUGAUGUGAUGGUAAAAGAUGAGCCAGAGCAGCACCAGCAGCGGGAACAGGAGCAGUUCACUCAUCACCAAGUGAAUGCGGAUCUGUUCGAUUCGAUCGAGGAGGAAACCGAUGAUCUGCCAUCGGAAAACACUGCCCAGGAGGAGCUGGAUGAAACAGAUCCACCAGCCGCUGCCAGUGUGCCAGCAGCCACACCGACUGAAGAAGCUACGGCCGAGGCCACCAGCCAGGAGGACACACGGGAGGUUGAAGUGCAGGAAGAUGAUGCUGGAGCUACACAACCGAUCGUUAUCGUUUCCGAAUCAUUCCCAGCAACCGCUGCGACAGAGGCCGAUGAUGCUGAAAGCUCCCCAUCGGAAGACGCUAUCGCCACAGAAGCCAUCGCCAGCCCGGUACAUGAGGCAACCGAUACUAGCGAACCCGAACCGGACGCCAGUGCGGCCUCGCUCUUAAACGCGGUGCAAAUGGUCGAAGAACUGGAACCGAUCGUGCACGACAUUCCGGUUGAGAAUGCGGAAAAUGAUAAACCGCAAGCUUCUGGUAAUCUGGUAGAGGACCCUACGCUUACCAAUGUUGAUGCCACGUCUAGCAUUGAAGACAACGAGGUGCUGCCCGAAAUGGACGCUCCUAGUGAAGCCAAUUUGGAUAUGGCACCAUUGACGGACACCACCGUAACCGAUGCGGUCGUGUCGGCCACUCCUGAGGAAGGGCAGGAGAUGGAAAGUAACGCAGUAAACGACGCCAAGGUGAACGAACUAGUACCGGUGGGCGAUGAAUCAUCCGAAUCGGAAGUGAUCGUCAGUGGCGAUGUCAGCGCGGUGACCGAUUCGGAUGAAGCGGAAGUGGCUGACGUCAAACCGACGGAUGAGGUAGAACACAGUGUAGUGCUGUUGGCUGACGCACCUGUACAACCGGAACGACCACUCGAGAGUCCUGCCAUCGUGGAGGAGAUGGCCCCACCGCGACCGCACGAUAGCGUAGAACUGCCGGAGUUGAUCGUGUCGACCGAGUUUCACCUGGAGGCCGCUGCCGCUACCCAGCGACCACCGAUCCGACGAAGGAAGACCUUCCUCUUCCGAGCGGACGCGAUUCGAUCGAAGCAUCACUAA